AAGUGCCGGCGUUGCCUUGGUCGUUGGGCUGAAGAGGCUAUAUACAUGUCAGAAUUACCACUCCUCUACUGAAGCGUAGUGCCAUACCUGAAGCCCGUUUGACUGCCUUCCUCGAACUGCUGGCAUCCUGGUACAGCUUGCAACUGCUUGGUUGUGCUGUGCUGGCGUUGGGAGUCGUCCGGAAGCUGUCGGGAUGUUUUUUCCAGUCUUCAGGAAAUCAAGUCGCGACAAAGCAUUUCAGCUUCCAACGCGUAGAACUACAAGUAUUAGAGAUGGCCCCAGCUAGGAUAUUGUUCCUGCAUGGAUAUACGCAGUCUGGUAAUACGCUCAGACACAAGACGGGUGCGCUGAGCAAGUCCCUGGGCAAAUUCAGCGAAAUUGUGUACCCAACGGGCCCUCAUCAGCUGGAGAUGCCAGAUCCGAGUGACCCAGAAGAGCGUGCACGACUAGAAAAGCUUGAUAAUGAGGAGGGAGAAGGCAGCUUUGCCUGGUGGCGUGCAAACGAUGAAGAUUUCAUUGGAUUACCCGAGUCACUCGCUCUCAUCAAGGACGUUUUGGAAACACAAGGCCCAUUCGACGGUGUCAUGGGAUUCUCGCAAGGUGGAGGAUUUGCCGCUAUGCUAGCGUCACUGCUCGAACGCUCCAAUCCACUUUUCAAGGUAAAGCACCCGCCAUUCAAGUUUGCUGUCAUCUUUUCCGGCUUCCGAUCGCGAUUUCCACAGUACGACUAUUUGUACGAGCCUGCCAUCAAGACGCCUAUGCUACAUGUCAUUGGCAGAAAUGAUCCAAUUGUCACGCCAGAGCGGUCACAAAUGCUAGUAGACGCCUCAAAAAACAACACAUUGCUGCUACACCCUGGCUCGCAUUUCGUUCCGUCUGGGGCGCCGCAGCGUAAUGUCGUGGUGGACUACAUCGUUAACCACAUCAGACCCAAGCGCGAGAUCACAUGCAUUGUCGCUGCGACCAACACUCAGGGCAUUGGCCGAGACGGAGGUUUGCCUUGGAGGCUCCGUAAGGAAAUGGCCUACUUUGCAGCCGUCACGACAGCAGCACCGGAGGGCAAGAUGAAUGUUUGCAUCAUGGGUCGUAAUUCAUGGGAAAGUAUCCCUGAAAAGUUCCGUCCGCUCAAAAAUCGCAUCAACAUUAUCGUAACCUCCAACCAGCAAUACGAGCUGACUGGCCUUGGUAUUCAUUCUCAAAAGACGGCAUUGGCCACCAGUCUAGAAGAUGCCUUGCUCGUCAUACACAAGCUCUACGCGGAUAUCGUUCACCAUGUCUUUUGUAUUGGUGGCGCACAACUCUACAAAGCAGCCUUGGCGCAUCCUGAUACACAACGCUUGUUGCUCACAAGAAUAGACCGCGAUUAUGAUUGCGACACAUACUUCCCUGACUUCAGCCGCACUGGAGAAUGGCAGAAGCAAGACCUGUCUGCACUUCAAUCCUUUGCGCAAAUCGACGUGCAAGCUAGCGAUGAAGAGAAGGACAUCAAGUGGAGCUAUGAAAUCUGGGAGCGUAAACAGACCACCACAUCUCCUGCCGAGGCGAGACUUUAGGUGUCACAACUGGACAAGGGCAAUGAUGAAUGAAGCACCAGUACGAAGCCUCUCCUACAGAUGGUCUUGCAUGACUGGCUAUAGUUUUCAAUCUGAGCUUGUUUUCAGCGUUUCACUCAGCAAAUCGGACCUGUCGACCACUUUGCCUUUUCUGUGCCGUGCAAAACCUCUCCAUGGACACUCAGCCAUUGUG